AGUUAUUGAGAAUGUUAUCUGUAAUAUGAAAAACAUUACCAAGUGAAACAGCCUAGCCCAAUAAGAGGAUAUUUUUAUUAUUAAGAACAUGUUAUUGAAACAUAUAAAGAUUUCAUGUAAAUGCCCGCGGAAAAUGAAAAAUACUUUGAUUCUUCUUUGAACAACCUCAAGAUUGUGAGAAAGGAAAAUGACUGCAAGAAGGAAAUGUACAGCACUUAAAUAAUAGGAAUGGCAACGACAGUUCCUCCAAGAACGUGAAUUAGUAAAUUAAAAAUAGUAUUUAGAUAAACAAAGUGAUCAGAAUUAAAGCAAAUGAUAUGGAAAUAAUGAAGAGAAUGAAUCUAGUGGAUGGUGAUCAUACCAGACGAUGUGGUAAGAUAGAACACGGUCAACAAGGCGUGUGUGUUUGGUAGCGUGGAGGAAGGGAGGGGUGGCUUCCGCUUCGCAAGAUAAGAUGCUGCAGUGUUCAGCGACCACCUCAUACCUAAGCACGAGUACCUGUCGCACACACCACUCACCUGGUCAACAUGUGUACAACACCCUUUUAAUUUCUCAACCUGUCUUGGAAGUUGAUUACAAUACUAUGUGCACCAACUCAGAUUAUCAGCCUACGCUUCAACUCCUCCGUUAGUCCUCCCACUGUCUGUCCACACCAAGUUAACGUUAGUGGACAUUGUGUAAAGCCGCCUGAACUACCCCCACACUAUGACCACUUUACCACUUGAACAACUUAAUGCUAUGUGCACCUCCUAAAAAGCCAACAUGAAGAUAGCGUGUGUACCAAUAGCAGCUGUUGCUGCCAAUGGUCGCAUCCCGCGUUUCUGGAGCGCCUCUUCAUAUGGGUCUUGGACACCCUUGGGAGUAGAGGAACAGAUAUCUCUUCGAGGUGCUGAAGUUGAGGUUGCAAGUGACUACACCAAGCGGCGGAAUGUGUUGCGUCUUGCCACACCAGGCGGCUCACAGUUGCUGCUUCAAGCUGACACCCCACCAGAGAUGUUGGCUUGGCUUUCCACCCUUCAGAACAAUUGUGUCAUACAAGAAGGUGAAACAGGCAGCAAAACCCCCAUAAACAACAACAAUGUAUCACCACAGCCCAGCAAUAAAGCGAUGCGCAAGCUGACAUCAUCGCUGAGGACACGCUCACCCACUGGUCAGUCCCCUUCGACCAAGACACGCAAACCCAGCAGUGUUGAGAGUAAUUCUUCGCCAAAAUCAAAAACUUGGAGAGGUCACUUAAAGAGACCUUUUAUGAAGAAAAUACCAAGUGGGUCACCGGCCGUCACUCCCACAAUGCCACUGCCAGAGGGAGCGACCAUCGGGGUGUGUCUGGAGGACUGCCCACAGUCACUUGAGAAUGAAUUCGUCCCACUGCUUGUUGCACUGUGUGUAGGCGUAGUAGAGAGCCGAGGUUUACAGACACAAGGCAUUUAUCGCAUUCCUGGCAACAAAGCAGCUGUCACCCACUUGACUGAGAUGAUUAAUAAGGACCCAAAAUCUAUUGAAUAUGAUGACCCAAGAUGGUGUGACGUUAAUGUUAUAUCCAGUAUGCUGAAACAGUUCUUUCAAAAAUUGCCUGAUCCACUGUUCACUUGUGAGCUUUAUCCACUGUUUAUUGAGGCGAGCAAGAUUGAAGAUCCUUGCCAAAGGAUGGUGGAGCUCAGGAAGAUGGUCCGGGACUUGCCAGAUCACCACUAUGAGACUCUUCGGUUCCUAAUACUGCACUUACACAAUAUUGUCUGUCACUGUGACAUGAAUAAGAUGGACGUGCGUAAUCUGGCCAUCGUCUUCGGACCAACGCUUGUUCGCUCGGGAGAUGACAACAUGGUCACCAUGGUCACCGACAUGUCGCAUCAAUGUCGCAUUGUUGAGACUCUCAUAAGUCAAGCUUUAUGGUUCUUUAAUGAAGAUGAUGGAGAAGAAUCGAUUCCACCUGUUAUUAGUCAGAGUGUUAUCCAGAGCCCAGCAGGUGACUGUCUGCCCCUCACCUCAGAGUGUGACACUCCCUCCAGCCAGGCUCUUCUUCUUCAUAACAUCCAGAAAGUUGAAGGUAACAUUAGAGGGGACAUGAAGAAGGACAUCGUCUCAUCCAUCAUAUCUGCUGCUAAUAGGAAAGUUCAGAAAGUAAAGUACAAAAAACCCGUAGAGGAUAAGCCAGUCGAUGACUCCAAGUACAGUGAUAAAGAUGGGGGGUUUGAGGAACGUGAUAUUGAUAAGGAAGCCGAGUUGAGAAAGCAGCGGUUACUGGCGAAGCAAAUUGAAAGCAUGGUGGAACUACCCGACCCUAAGCCUAUGAGUGAGCGUAAAAUAUCGAACAUGAGUCUCAUGAGUGUUCAAAGUCAUCCCUCUGGUGUAUCUAGUUUAUCACAAAGCCUUAAUAGUGAAAGGACUAGUGGUAGUGAACAAACAAAACUGGGCAUAUCUGGAGAUAAUAGUCACCCAUUUUGUGUGGUAAAAAAGGACGGAGUCGGCACUAAUACAGGCACAGCAUCAUUAGCACUAACCGCCAGUACACCCACCAUCUCCACCCCUGCCACCAGCCAACAGUCUAGUCACUUAACCCCAGAAAUGGCCGCGCUAGUUGGAGAUGAGGUAGCUAUUCGUUCAUAUGCUGGCCUCACUGCUAGCACCCAAGAACGAAUUCGACGGUUUGAAAUGGAGACGCGCGCCAUGCUCCACCGGGAUGUUACCAGACACCGCAGAGAGACAGAAAGACGAGACAUUGAGAGGCAGAGACUAGACGAACUGUGGCAACGAGCCAAACAAGACAUGGAAUCUGAGGAUAUUUUGGACCAGAUGGCAGACAAUCCUACAGAGGUUGUUCGCAAGAUUUCAGACUAUUCAUGGCGUCUUCAAGGCUUGAGUGAGAGUGUGGGUGGGGAGCGAGGAUCUUUAGCCUCCCAGGGGUCAACCACUAGCUCCCAGGCUGCUCUCAUCUCUGCAGCCCUCUCUCACCAUCCUCUCUCUAACACCUCACUUACACCAACCACUAAUGCCACUGCCCAGGUACCUAACAACCACUCACAGCUUCCAGUUAUUAAGAUAGUCAGUGAACCUUCAGUAGGAAUGGCAUGUGAUGCUACUAAUGAUUCUAAGCAUGGCAUGAUUCAGCAGAGCUCACUUCCUUGGCUUGAAUAUAAUGCAGCUUCGCCUCACAGCACUUUAGGCUCAACUUCAUCCUCUGGUAGCUCAGGUUAUGGCAGUCUGACACGGUCAUCUCAUGCAAGUAAUCCAGGUGAUACUGAAGAUACAGGUGGGAAGGCUGUAGAAGAAAGUUGUCAGAUUGAGUGUAGUAAAGACGUGACAAAGUCGUGCACAGGGUCUCGGCAGUCAUCACCUUCAAAUCCAAAAAAGAAGAAGUCGAGUAAAGCAUCUGGCUUUCUAUUCGGUUUGACCUCUUCUUCCUCCUCUCCCUCCCUCUUCCCCUCUAUGACUGAGGCUGCCGCUGAACUAACCCCAACACGUAAAAUUGGCCAAACAACUAUUUAUCCAGAGAGCCCCCGACCCCCGCCUCACAAUGUUCAUUCUUCUUCUCAGUCUCAUUUAACUGCUCCAAGUACCACACUAACUCCCAACCCUAAUACACCUCUCCAGGGCCGCCACAAAGAUUCCAUUCUGCACCAUAUCCUACCUAGUCGUCUCUACCACUCUCCUCGUCCCCUUCGCCGAGGAUCCUCUGCCGAGAACGUGACUCAACCGCUCGUCACCCCUAUCUCCCCUUCCACAUUUGACACCCAGAAGGUUGUGAAUAAUGGCACUUUGAAGAGAGCCAGAACCAGCAGGGACCAGAUUUUAAAUGGUCCAGAAACUGGAAUGCCGCGAUGUGGUUCCUUAGACUCUCUUCGAGACGGCCCACACGUAUCACACGAUGAUGGUAGUGAUCUUCUAAGUGCCAUCACUGCCACGUUUGAGGAGAAGAUGCGGAGCCUCCAGGAGUCUCCUCUGGGUCUGGUGACGGCAGUGAGUGACGACCCCAUCACCAGCCCUGAUCCAUCCCCUGAGGCAGGUCAAACACAUGACCGUACCACAAGAGGGAAUUCAGAGUGCCGUCUCUACCGUGACCCUUCCCUUCAUCGCCGCCGCACUAAUCCCCGCAGUCCUUCUGCCAACUCUAGCUCAACCUCCACUGCUGCCAACACUACUCUCCCCCCAGCCAUCGCCCAGGUAGAGGCUGCCAGUCAGGCUGUUAACUAUGUAGAGAAUGACAACAAAUUAUUGAAUGAAGAAGUGACACGAGAAGUAAAGGUGAAGAGGUCAGACUCCCUCACAAAAUCAGAGAAAACUGAAAACAACCUCAAAGAAAAAACUGAGAAAAGGGCUCGUGAACUAAAGCGAACUGAUACACAAGAAAGUCUCAGUGAGAAAAAGCCAAAGGAAAUGAAAAGAUCAGAUAUUCAAGAUGGAACAGAAAGGUCCCGAGAUCUACCCAGAAAAUCAGAAGUAAAGGAUAAUUCGGUAGGCUCUACCAGACGCACUUCUGAGGUUAGAAGUAGAAGGCAUAAUGUCAAAGAAUUGAAGGAGAAAUUUGAACAAAAUACAAGCAGUCAGUCCAGUACUAGUCCCAUGAAACCAUCCAAUAACCAUUAUAGUAAUGUAAAUAAUAAUAGUAACAAAGCGAACAAAUCAAGCAUGCGGCGAACAGGGUAUCGUGGACCAAUUAAGAGACGGCACACUGUGGGUGGCACCAAGGACCUUGCCAAGUGGGCAUGGUUGCACAGUGGCGAGGUGUCCAGGAACACUCCUCGUUCCACACGUCUCUCUGCGUGGGAACGCCUCCAACCCUUAGUGGCAGAUGAACGAUUAAACACUGACAGGUCAUUAGAAGCAUGGCUAGCCCAUGAACGCAUAAGGACAUCUUCACCAGACCUGUCUAGACCCCAGCAGUUGGUACGUCCUCGUGACAUAGAUGAUAAAGAAAAUAUUCACCGUCGUCUCAGUGUACAGGAAGCAACAUUGAACCCUCUAUAUCCUGUACUAGAGAGUCACGUGUAAUAGUUUGAAUUAAGUUGUCAUCAGUGUCUAUGUUACUCUCUCAUUGCCUCCAGUGCUUACAACUUGUGUUUCUAAAGGCACAAUCUCUGUAUAGACAACAUUAACAAUUUUGUUUACAUGGAAAGUGUUGGGAUUAUGAGAAGGGUAAUGAACAGUGCUGUGAUUUUUAUUUUUUUAUUUUUUAAGUGUUUCAGAAGCAUAUCAUAGUGUGAAUGUGUAUGAGAGUGUACAAUAUAUAUAUAUAAUAUAUAUAUAUAUAUAUAUAUAUAUAUAUAUAUAUAUAUAUAUAUAUAUAUAUAUAUAUAUAUAUAUAUAUAUAUAUAUAUAUAUAUAUAUAUAUAUAUAUAUAUAUAAUUUUUUGUGUGUGUGUGAGGCUCUCCCAUUGAUAGUGAUGAAUCAACUAAUGGCGCUCAAAUCAGAUUCUUGUUUCAACAGGAAGCCUGAUGCUUUCUCUACCCAAUACAUGGUUUAUUCGUGAACCUUCUGUUGAAGGAUGACGAAUAAACAAGAAUCUAAUUUGGGCUCCAUUGAUUGAUUCAUCACUAUGAAUGGGAGUGCCUCAUAAUAUAUACUGUAUAAUAUAAUAUAUAUAAUAUAAUAUAUGGUUUAAUAUAAUAUAUUAUAUUAGUAUAUAUAUUAUAUUUUCCUCGUAAGUUUGUCAUGUACAGGUCCGACAUUGUCUCAACUCAUCAUGUAUAUAGAAGUUUUUAUAGGUUACAAUUAUUUCAUUGCAUUUCACAUGUAUAAUAUUCAAAUAUGAAUAUAUGGGAUAAAUAUAGUCAAGUUUAUCAGCUUUGUAAAUAUCAUGCCAGUCUUGCAAAGCAAGAAUUAUAUGUUGCAUGGAUAUAAAAGCAAAUUUUUAUAAGAAGCGGUUCAAGGAUGCUUGUGGCACACUACCAAAAUGUGGUAUAUAUAAUAUGAAGUAAGGUAUUUCAUAAGUAGUAAAAAUAAUGUUGAAAUUAUUGCAUGUUUACCAUGAAAUAAUGAUUGGUAUUUAAAAAAACCUUUGUCCAAUAAUCUGUAGAAUAAUUGGUAUGAAUUGAAUGCUCUCAUAAGGAGCCAAAUAAUUCAUUUCAUAUUCUUUAUUAAUUCUACAGGUAAUAUGCCAGUGGAAAAUGCAUUAAUCAUAAGAAACUAUUGUAACAAAUUAGGUUAUAAUGGUUCACCAUUGAAGCCUUUAUAACCAAUUUCUGCUGAAUAAAUAAUGUUCUUGUUC